CUCGGGUGAAGUAAAGCCAGUCAAGGCAGGAUAGGGAGGAAGGAAGGAGCCUGGACGCCUUACCUCCACCCUGGAGGUCACAGUCACAGUAGCACAGGAACAGCACCAGAUGAGAGACAUGACAGGGGACCAGCUCAUGCUGCAGAAUGGCCUUCUGGGAGUGUGCAGCUGUAGGGACCUAGCAACCUCCCUGAGCUGAGAAUUCUCCAAGUCCCCUCCUCCCAGCUGCUCUCAGUUUCAGUUUUGUUUUCUUGUGUGAAAAAAGAAGAAGAAAAAUGAAAGUCUACAGAAGUACUCCAAGGAGCAGACCAUGGAGGCUGACUUCCAGGUGUGCAGGAACUGCAAAAGAAAUGUGCCCUCUCUCCACUUCACCCUCCAUGAGGCCCACUGCCUGCACUUCCUGGCCCUUUGCCCAGAAUGUGAGGAGCCCAUCUUACAGUCAAAGAUGAAGGAUCAUGUAGAAGCUGUGCACCAGCAGGGAGUUGGGGUUGUGUCUUCCAUCUUCCCCGUGACCAAGGAGAGCCAACAACACCCUGCCAAGUGCAAGUUCUGUGAGCUGGCUGUUCAUCUCAGCAAUCUGGAUAUCCAUGAGUCCCACUGUGGCAGCCGGACAGAGCACUGUCCACACUGCAACCAGCCCAUUACACUCCCAGCACUGGCCCAGCACAAAGAUGUGUGUCAGAGUUCAAAGGGCAGGCCUGAGGAAGGGAAGAGAAUUGUAUCUCCUGGAAGAAAAAUCCAUUGUGAUCAUUGCAAACAAAUGAUUCCAGAAAAUCAGUAUGUCUCCCACAUGAAUAUGCAGAAACAGUCCUUGAUAUACCUUCGGAAUGGAAAGCCAAUAAUCCUUCCUUCAUCCCUUGCAAUUAUGGAGACUGAAAAGCAAACAUCCACAUUGAGAAAAGAUGUUCGUCCAAAGACAAAAAUUGGAAACAGUUCAAGAAAGCAAAAGACAAAGGAUCAAAGUGACACAGCAGAUCUGCCUUUGAUGUCUGUGCUCCAGCAGGGGGCUGCUCUUCCUGCAGGAGAUGAGGAUGCCUAUGACAUCCUUCGAAGGUGUUGUCAGUGCGGAAUCUUACUUCCCUUGCCCAUUCUAAAUGAACACCAGGUACCUUGCUCUCCCCUCACCCCUCCUGUCUCCUCACCCAGCUGGCAGCCUGCUGCACAGUGUCUCAAACUCACCCCACCCUUGAGGAGAGGGGGGCUUACCAGUGAUGUGGCUGGGCAGCUCCUCCCCUGCCUCCUCCUGCUUCUGUGUGCCCAUGCACAUUCUCCCCAGCUACCUGGCUUGUAUUACUUCUCAGUCACUGGGUCACCCUUGAGGGUAGAACUGGAUCUCUGCUCUGUGUCUGCAGCUAGACCAGGCCCUGUAUGUGGCAACACUCCAAGGCGGUAGAGCGAAUGAUCGAAGCCCAGGGCUGUCAACAAGAUCCUAGUGGAGAUAAAGCAGCUUUAGGCCUGAGAGCAGAAGGGCCUGGCUCGACCUGUGAAGGCAACGUGUGGCUUGCCUCUAACAUACCCAGAGCUUGCGCUCUCAUCCUGAGUUUUUCAUCCAAGACUAUCUUCUUUUUUGUUUUUGCUUUCAUUUUUCUAAGACAGGGUUUUCUCUGUGUAGCUCUGGAUGUCAUAUGGAACUCACUCUUUUUAAAAUAUUAUUAUUAUUAUUUAUACAGCAUCCUGCCUGCAUGUGUGCCUAUCUACCAGGAGAGGGCACCAGAUCUCACUAUAGAUGGUUAUGAGCCACCAUAUGGUUGCUGGGAAUUGAACUCAGGACCUUUGGAAGAACAGUCAGUAUUCUUAACCUCUGAGCCAUCUCUCCAGCACCACUGGAAUUCACUCUAUAGACCAGGCUGGUCUUCAAUUUACAGAGAUUCAUCUGCCCCUGCCUCCCCAGUACGAGGAUUAAAGGCAUGCAGCACCACUGCUCCACCAAAUGUUUGUAUUCUAAAUGAUUGUUUUUUUAAAAGCCAUUUUGGAGAGAAAAAGGUUUAUUUCAACUUACUGCUUGGGGAAGUCGGGGCAGAGACCUGGAGACAGAAACUGAUGUAGAAGUUAUGAAGGAAUGCUGCUUACUGGCAUGCUUCCACAUGGCCUAUUCAGCCUCCUGUCUUAUUGCACCCAUGACCACCAGCUGACUGGUGGUGCUAUCCACAAAAAACUGGGCCCUCCCCACAGCAAUUAUCAAUCAAGAAAAUGCAACAUAGAUUUGCUACAGGCCAAUGCGAUGGAGACAUUUUUCUCAUUUGAGGUCUCUCUUUCCAGAAGACCCUAGCUUGUGUCAAGUUAGCAAAAACCUAACCAGCAUACUCAGUGAGGUUUAGUGGUGAAUUCCUGUAAUUCUAGCACUUAGGAAAAAUAAGGCAGGGGCUGAGGAGAUGGCUAGGUGGUUAAGGUGCUUACCAUGAGGAUAUGAGUUCAAGUUUGUAGCUACCAUGCAGAAGCCAGGCACAAUGACUCGUGCUGGACACCUCAGUGUGCUAGAGGAACAGAGACAGGUGAGUCCCAGCCAGCCAGUCUAGCCAAGCUGGUGAGUUUGAGGUUCAAUGAGAGACUGUCACAAAACAAAGCAGAGACAUAUCAAGAAAAGAUACCUCUGGUCUUUACAUAUGGGAGCAUGGACCCUUACACACAUAUCUGCACAUAGGUGCCAACACCACACAACUUUUAAAAAGGAAGGCUGAGACAGAAGGACCCUUGCAUUUGAGAACAGCCUAGGCUACGUAGUGAGUUUAAGGCCAACUAAGUUACAUGCUUAAGGCCUGGAUUUAGUCUUCAACAUCACACAUAUGCACAAGCUAAUUCUCCUCCCCUGCUACUCCACUUCUCCAGCCAUAUCACUGAGAAAGCUAUUUCAGCAGCCUGUGUUGUCCUUUCAAAAGUUCACCUUCUCAAACAUGAACCCUAUUGGUAAACACAGACCUGAAUUGUUUGCCAUCUGUUAUCUUAGUUUAUUUAUUACCCUGUCAUUUGUCAUAUAUAUAU